GUCUUUACCUGUCUACCUGUGACGUCAUCCAGGUGUUUCAAGAUGGAGGCGCCAGUGAGGAUUGUGCUGUUUACAUUAUAUACACUGUUGACUACAGUGCAAGGUGACCUGGUUGUGCAGGGAACGCAUGGCUGUGGGUCAUCCCAGUAUCCGAAGGAGGUGCGCAUCACAGACCGUAACGAGGAGACAAUUUUCUCUCAGACAAACCAGUACUAUGACUCUCGCCGGGAUUGCAUCCUCACCAUCAUUGGCAAACGCAACUAUCAGCUGCAGCUCGAACUCACCUCCAUUGACAUCGAUCAGUACGCGUUCACUACCGAGCACUGUGGAGGCUUGUGUUGUACAGACUACCUCAAGAUAUUCAACAGUUAUCGAGUAGACAAUGCCCGUCUCUUGCCCGGCAUGUCACAAUGGGGUAUGUGUGGCAACGAACUUCCAAAAAGAACUAUUUGGCAAACGACUAACAACUUCGUGACGAUCCAGUUUCGCACUGAUGAACGUACAGACUACAAGCGUGGAUUCACAAUGAGGUUCAAGCAGUAUCCCUGGAGAAACCCGGGCAAUGUUUUCCCUGAUGGCGGUUAUUUCGGAGGGUGGAAUGAUGGCAGCAAGAAGGAGCUACAGGUGGAUUGGAGCGACCAGAGUCAGAUUCCCGGAGAUUUUGUGCCCCCUGGAGGGGAUGGGGACUAUGAUGGGGGCAGCAGUGGGAUCCAGUGUUACGAGUGUCAGGGAUGUGAUGUUGACUACUUUGACCCUGACAGUGAGUUCGCAUCCGUGCAGGCGGGGUGCUACACAUGCUCAAAGACGUGGAGAGAUCAGUUUGCCUCAGCCCAGAGACGAUGUUUCACAAAAAUACAGUACACCAACUUGCUGCUCACUCUCUCAGAUCCGUCAGUCGGUGGUGGAAAGGUAACAGAAUUCCGUGGAUGUCGACGUUUUCUCGAUGCAUAUGGUGUAUUCCUCAACUACUGUUUCUGUGAUGGCAACUUAUGCAACAGUGCUAAGAGCCUUAGACUGAGUGGAUUAUCCCUGUUGUGUUUCUUCACUGCUCUUAUCUUGUCCUACAGCUUGUAAUCAGAUUUAAACACACAACACCUGUCAUAUGUCUGUCAAAUCAUUAUAUUAAUGAACAAGCUAUUGUGUUGGGCUAACAUUAAUGAAGCAUAUAUCAGAAACGAUUGUUUUAGAUAAAUAUAAAUAACAUGCUAAUAUGAAUGAUAAAGCCAUUAAUAUAUUCAAAUUCAGGAUCAGAAAUAAGCAUUUGUCCUGACAAUGAAGAUCUACUCGCAAAAUGCCUGUCACUGGUUAUCCCAUGGACAAGAUGAAAAUUACACAUUGUUUAAUUUUAAGCAAUUGUAAAUGUUUUUGGACAAGUAAAAACAUUGAUGGAUUAAUAGUUUCUGGCACCCGUCCUUUUAUAGAUAUCUAAAGAAAAUCAAUCCUUGGAGCGAGCUUUAGCUUCAGAAAAAACAUCUACAAAAGGACGAGUGCCAAAAAUAUUUUGUAGUUCAAUGAUUCUUAUAAUUUUAGUAUAAUGAUUAUAAAAUUCACUGCAUUUUAGUUUUGUACCGUGAUGUCACUCAUUCUCUCAGCUAUAUUACAUCACUAAAAGGAAUGCAUGCAGCGUUGCAUAUUAUGUGAUGUUAGGUACAACGUUAGCUACGACGUUAGCUUAGAGAAUUACGUAUUCAACAGGUACAAACGGCUGCCUACCUCCUAAAUGAGGAGGCCAAUUAAUCAAUGAAAAUGGUGCAUUACCAUCUUGGGGACGUGUGCUAGACGGUUUUUCUAGGAAGGCUUUCUGGCACCUUUCUACUGGUUGAUUGGACUAGAAAUGUAGAUCCUUUGAUGUCUUUGUCCGGUGGACUAGUGAAAAAUUCUGCUUAUUCAGUCACUGACUUAGUUCAUAUCUCUGCACAUGACAGAGUCUAAAUGAUAUUUUGACAAGUUAACAGUAUGAUCCCAUGAAAUACUGGCAGGUGCUUGGUCUAUAGGACGGCCAUUCUCGAGAAUAAUACAUCCUUCCUUCGUCAUCUUUAGGAAGAAUGCUGGUGAUGUGUGUGCUUUGUAGCAGUUUGCUUUAGACCUAAAAAAAAUUGUGUGUUUCAGGGGUAGGCCUGCAUGUCAAAAACAAAUUAGACAUUAGUAAUUGUUUUGGGGUUUUUCUCCUUUUUUUCAUUGUUUUACUACAUUCAUCCGUAGGAGUCCAGAUAAAUAUUAUGUAUGUACUCUUUUUCUUUUUUGUUUCAACUACAUAUUGAUAAUAAGAAAUAUGAAGAAAACCUAAAUAUGUCAAAAAAACAAAACAAAAUACUUGAGGUCGGCCCCUUUUUAUAGGUAGUAUUGGGUUCCUGGAAACAUAAUUUUGUUUUAGGCCUUAGCAAACUCAUUAUAAUAAUUUGUUUCAAUUUGUCAUAAUCAUAUUGUUUAUAAACAUCCAAUCAUUUUUAUACUGUUUUUAAGAUUGAUUUUUAAAAAUAUAUAAUCAUUUGUACGGUACCUUAUAUAAUAGAAAAAGAUUUGCUACAGCGAGCCUUCAGCACACUUAAAAAACCCAAAAAUAAACAGGAAAAUAAAUGUUACAGAAAGAUGAUUUUUUUUAGUUUGUUACAACAGUGAUGUAUAUUAUGUACAUGUAUAUCUGUUAUAGCUUAUAUUGUUCUACCUAUGCUGCAUUUUUUAGAAAUUGAUAAUUGUGCUGUCAUUAGCAUACUUCAUUGUAAAAUAAUAUGAUUCAGUAACACAUUGUCCAGUAUGAAAACAAUGUCUGUCUUGUUUUCAAUAAUUGGAAUACAGUCAAACCAGUGUUAAGCAGACACCAAAGGGAGUAUCAAAAGUGACCUUUUAAGACAGGUUGUUGUUUAACACAGGUCAGUUUGUACUAGAUUACAUGAUUUGGGAGUAUCAAUAUGUGGGCUCUUAACACAAAUGGCUGCUUUGUACAGGUGGCCACUGGAGCCACCUGUAUAAAGUGACCUUUUAAUAAUAGGUGGUUGCUGAACACACAUCAGUUUGUACUAGAUUACAUGGUGGCCACUAGAGCCACCUGUAUAAAGUGACCUUUUAAUAACAGGUGGUUGCUGAACACAUUAGUUUGUACAUCAGUUUGUACUAGAUUACAUGGUGGCCACUAGAGCCACCUGUAUAAAGUGACCUUUUAAUAAUAGGUGGUUGCUGAACACACAUUAGUUUGUACUAGAUUACAUGGUGGCCACUAGAGCCACCUGUAUAAAGUGACCUUUUAAUAACAGGUGGUUGCUGAACACAUUAGUUUGUACAUCAGUUUGUACUAGAUUACAUGGUGGCCACUAGAGCCACCUGUAUAAAGUGACCUUUUAAUAAUAGGUGGUUGCUGAACACACAUUAGUUUGUACUAGAUUACAUGGUGGCCACUAGAGCCACCUGUAUAAAGUGACCUUUUAAUAAUAGGUGGUUGCUGAACACACAUCAGUUUGUACUAGAUUACAUGGUGGCCACUAGAGCCACCUGUAUAAAGUGACCUUUUAAUAACAGGUGGUUGCUGAACACAUUAGUUUGUACAUCAGUUUGUACUAGAUUACAUGGUGGCCACUAGAGCUACCUGUAUAAAGUGACCUUUUAAUAAUAGGUGGUUGCUGAACACACAUCAGUUUGUACAUCAGUUUGUACUAGAUUACAUGGUGGCCACUAGAGCUACCUGUAUAAAGUGACCUUUUAAUAAUAGGUGGUUGCUGAACACACAUUAGUUUGUACAUCAGUUUGUACUAGAUUACAUGGUGGCCACUAGAGCCACCUGUAUAAAGUGACCUUUUAAUAAUAGGUGGUUGCUGAACACACAUCAGUUUGUACUAGAUUACAUGGUGGCCACUAGAGCUACCUGUAUAAAGUGACCUUUUAAUAACAGGUGGUUGCUGAACACACAUCAGUUUAUACUAGAUUACAUGGUGGCCACUAGAGCAGGUUUGACUGUAAUUUAAUUGUGCUAGCUGUGUGCAGACAUGUCAGUAAUUGAUCAGACGUUUUGUUGUAAAUCUUGUUUUUAACGAUCUCCGUACUUGGCACUAGUUGUUUCUGUAUUCACUUGUACAUGUUAACAAAGGACGAUUUGUGAUGUGUAUGUGUGACAUUCACUGAUGUGCCUCUGUAUAUAGCAUUGAUUUCCAUGGAAACAGGUUCACAAAGUGGACAUGUCAUUGUCAGCUUGUUUUAUAUUGUAACACUUAGUUUUGUUAUACAGUGUACUCUUUGUUUUACAUUCCAUUGACAUUACUAUGUAGUAUCUAAGCCAGCAUGGGUACAAGAUUUUGAAAAAGGGGGUGCAAAAUCUUAAGAUACAUGUGUAUUUAAAAAAGGGGGUAGGCAUGAAAUGUUAGUGUGCUAAAUAUUAUACAGACAAUCUGGUCUUUGUCAGCUUUUUUGGGGUAAUGUAUUCACUGUUUUACCAUGUGCUUUAUUUUAUAUUCCAUCAGGUCCCAUCCACUGUCAGAUUGAUGGCUUGGGGAAUGACAAUAUAUGUAUAGUAGGGCCUGAAUCUGUUGGGGGGGGGGGGGGGUAGGGGACAUGCUCACCAAGUUAACUUUGAAUUUCAGGUGUUAAAAUACAGCAUUUCCAGCCUUCUGAAGAGAGUAAUAGGGAAUUCCAGGUGAUGGGGAAAAAAUGUGAACCUUUGGUAAUUUGGGGAGGUGCGUAUAUACCCGGUGUACACCCCUCUCUCCCCCUCCCCCCCCCAUGUACAGGACAUGGGGCCCCUGCGGCCUCCCCUACUCAACGGCUUAUAUGCACUGUCAAAUUCUUUCACAUUAUUUAGCAGGGUGGGUGUAUAAUGUUACUGUAUUUGAGAAAGUUGAGAGGCAUGUAAUGUUAGCAUGCUGAAAUAAAAUAUAUGGAUAUACAGUGUUUGUAAAAAAAAAAAGGUGAGUGCACAUUCAGUUCACUCCAUGUAUUAUGCCUAGUACUUGCAGGUAUUUAGUGACAGCUUGUUUUCAGUUCACUCCAUGUAUUAUGCCUAGUACUUGCAGGUAUUUAGUGACAGUAGCUUGGUUUCAGUUCACUCCAUGUAUUAUGCCUAGUACUUGCAGGUAUUUAGUGACAGUAGCUUAUUUUGUUUAACAACACCACCAGAGCACAUUGAUCUAUUAAUCAUUGGUUAUUGGAUGUCAAACAUAUGGUCAUUUUGACACAGACAUAAAGAGGAAGUGGCUAUUUAUAUAAGUGGUUUUCAUUUUACCUUUAGUUUCACAUUAUAUUUUCAUCAAUGUGUACAUGAUAUGACUUUAUCUUUACAUUCCACUGUCACAUAAUACUAAUGGCCAAGUGGUUAAGCCUUCCACUCAAGGGCUGGUAGAUUUUGGGUUGGCAUACCAGUACUGCUAAGUCCUGAUAUAACCAGUGAGUUUGAACAGAUAAAGCCCACCACACAAAUUUCUCUCUCACCUGCAGCUAACCAAUAACCUUUAACUGAACAGAUAGUCCAGAUAGCUGAGGUGUGUGCCUAGGACAACAUGCUUAAACUGUAAUUGAAUAUCAGCGUGAAAAUAAAUGGACAUAUCAUUAUUGUAUAUUAAUAUAAUGUGUGGUAUCAAUGGCAAGUGUGUACCCUGAUUUUGCAUUCCAGUCAUAACCUUUAGUAACAUUAUUACAUAGUAAUUGGUGCAUGUCUUUUUAUGUAUCCAGUGGCAAGACAAUGUGUACAUUCCACUGUUUCUGAAUUUCUUACUAACUAGCACAUGUACUUCAUAGCUAAUCAUGUGUCCCAAACCAAAAUAGUAACAGUUUAUGGAAUCUUUUCCCCAGCUAUUUUACAUUCCAGUGUCAUUUCUUUUAAGUCUUAUUUUGUUUUCAAAGAUUGUAUGAGGUGUUUUUUUAGCGUGUUUAAAAAAAAAAAAAGUAAUCCUAAUUUAAGCAACUUGUAAUUUAAUUAGGUUUCAAUUUAAAAAAUAAAUAAAUUGUGCAUUAAA